AUGGUUACCAAUGGCGUACUUAAACAACGACGACAAAACAUAUUAGCACAAAUCGUUAUUGCAAAAAAUACAAAUAUUGAAUUAAUUAAAAAAUAUGAAGAAAAAAAAUUAGAAGAACAUAGAUGUGAACAAAAAAUAAUUGAUAAAUGUGCUGAAAUGUCGAAUAAUCUUCAACAACGUAUGGAUGAAUUAAUUGAAAGUGGUUCUGUUGCAGCUACAUCGAAAAAAACGGAAAAAAUGCUCGAAAAAGCUCAUCAAUGGAGUCAGGAAAUGACUGAUAGAUUAGCAUCUAUUUUAUGUUUACAAGAAUCUCCUGAACAAUCACGCACAAGUUUAACAAUGCCAGCUGCAACUAACAAUAAUAAUAAUAAUACACUUCUUGACACAACAAUUGCCCGUCGUCAAGCAGCAGCUGCACAAAUACAACUAGCUGGACUUUCAGCUUCAUUUUAUGUUCAACAAGGUCGAAAAUCACUUUCGGUAUCAAUUCAAAAAAGUCCACGGACACGUAAUUUAUAUAAAAAUAAUCAGAAUAAUAAUAAUAAUAAAUCAAUGAUUGAUGAAAAUGAUGAAAAUAAACCAGUUGAAGAUAUAUCUCAAAUGCCGAUUGAUGAUAUCGAUGAUGAAGGAGAAACAACGAUUGAACAAGAAACAAAUCGAACUCCAACACCACCACCUCCACCACUACCGGAUUUUUAUAUUGUUGAAGAUGGACUGAAUUAUACGAAAAAAGGCGAAAAAAAACAUUUUACUGUUCAAAAUCGAUAUGGACAAUUUAAAAUGGUACGUAUUAGUGGUGUUACUGAACCAUUUCAAUGUAAAGCGCGUGUUAUGAAUAUGCCUCCGCAUUCUCAAAUGCCUUUAUCAAUUGCAUUUUUACCAACAAUAAAUCAACGUGGAAUGGAAUUUUCAUGUAAAGUUACAUUACGUACACGUUCCGAUGAUGGUCAAGAUGAUAUUGUUCUCGAACGAUCACUUACUGGUCGAUGGUUAUAA